UAAGGCGAAAGUAUCCCUCCAAUCCAAUCUCCAUCUAGGUUAACAACUAAAACUAACCCCUCAACCUCAACCCUUGUCACAAAAGUCAGAGUAAAUAGUUGAGUUUGAGUUGUUAUCAGUGCCAGAUAAGUUAAGUUUAUGGAAUAUUUGGUGCAGUUUACAAUGAUUUGAGGAAUCCAAGUUGACUCAUACAGUAUAUGCUACUGCUUAUCGACUACAUUAAGUGUGUUUAAAUAUUUUACAAUGGUUGACAAAGGCCCUAGUUUCCAACAAGCUAGAACAUUGGUCUAUAAAACUCAUCCGAUUUCUGAAGAUUACAUCAUAUCCGCCAAAGUUCUUGGGCAAGGUAUAAAUGGUAGUGUUGUUCAAGUAAAUCUCAAGAAAACCGGAGCAGUUUAUGCCUUGAAGAUCCUGGAAGACAAUGCAAAAGCCCGGAGAGAGGCUGAGCUGCAGUGGAGGGUAAGCGGAUGCAAGCACAUCGUCAACGUCAUUGAUGUCUAUGAAAAUUACUACAAGCUACAUGGGACUAUAAAGAAAUGCCUUCUUGUAGUUAUGGAGUUAAUGGAAGGUGGAGAGCUUUUUGCACGGAUUUCAAAUAAACCAGAAGGAUCAUUUACAGAAAGAGAGGCUGCAGAGACGAUGCAUGAGAUUUGCAUCGCAGUAAAACACCUCCAUGACCUCAACAUUGCACACCGUGAUCUGAAGCCUGAAAAUCUACUCUACACCACCAAUGACGAGAACGGGAUUUUAAAACUGACUGAUUUUGGGUUUGCAAAGGAAACACAUUCAAAGCUUAGCCUCCAAACCCCGUGCUACACACCUUACUAUGUCGCGCCUGAAGUUCUGGGGCCUGAAAAGUAUGACAAAAGCUGUGACAUCUGGUCGCUGGGUGUCAUCAUGUACAUUCUGUUGUGUGGAUACCCACCUUUCUUCAGUGACAAUGGCCAACCAAUCUCUCCAGGGAUGAGGAACAGGAUCAAGACUGGCUCGUAUAGCUUCCCCAACCCUGAGUGGUCAAAUGUGUCUCAGGAUGCUAAAAGUCUGAUCCAGGACAUGCUUAGAGUGGAUCCCACUCAGCGACUGGACAUCAAUGAAGUGAUGCACAAUAAGUGGAUUGCACAAUACACAAGUGUACCUCAAACACCGCUACACACGGGACGUAUGCUGAGGGAGGGUGAGGAGAUGUGGUCGGAGGUUCAGGAGGAGAUGACGAGAUCUCUAGCCACCAUGCGAGUUGACUACGACCAAGUCCACAUCAAGGCCCUCAACAACACAAACAACCCUCUCCUUAACAAACGGCGCAAGCGAACCGUACAUGAAGCCUCCUCCUAACUGACUGGAAACUUGGCACAAUCACACUAGAGUUUUCAGAAUCACAUCGUGUGUAUGGUAACAAAGAAAUUUCACGGAAGAAUUGAGUUCAACCGUGAAUGAGACUGGGGAUCUAAAUCACUCAAACUUGAUAAAAAGUUCUGGUAAUUUAAAAAAGAACAAUAUAUUAGUGUUCUGUACAAGUAGAUAGAAGCUUAGUUUUGUAUUAUUGUUUUGGUGGCUGUUUAAUAAGUCGAGGUUAGUUUUGGAAGACAGUUAGCAAUGCUGUGAUUUUUCUGCUAUAACAUGAUGGUUAGAGCUUGAAGCAGAAGCAGAAGCCUAUAUUUAGCGUAAAUAUUAUAUUUUAUGGUAUUAAUCUUUGUGUUAAUGAACUGUAUUAUUAGUAUGGAUGACAGGGAAUGUUUAAAUGGAAUAUUUAGUUUUACGUUACAAAAUGUUAUAACAAACAUAUUUUUAAUUAUGUUAAUUUUUAGAGUUUUGUAUGAAAUUAAGUUUACUCUAAUCUAAUUUGUCUUAAACUAUGUAAAUCAUACAUUUGUCUAUUUUCAUUAUAAACUACUAAAAUUAUAUGCACCCAAAUAUAAUGCAGGGAUAGACAUUAGUAUUAGUAAGUCUUAUGUUAGAAGUCCUAGUCAGUGACUGUUUGACUCUUCUUGUGUUCAGAAAUCUUCCAAAGCUUGUGUAGAACUAAGUUACUUUUGAUCUAGCAACUGCUAUCUGUUGACAUAUGUUAAUAUAUGUAUAUAUUGAGUCGAUGUAUUAUUUUAUUUGAUAACCUCACUUAAUUUAUGCUGCACAUUUUUUAUCUAGUUAACAGAAAGUUUUUCAUUGCCGUAAGUUCUUGUGUCAAUAUUCUUACAAUCCACCAUCUGUUAAGUACAAGAAUUGUUCAACUGAAAUGUUUCACAAUUUAUCAUGUCACACACACCUUCCUUAUAUGAACUUUCUUGGUGCAGAAAAGUGCAUUUCCAACAGUACAAUACAUGCAUUAAAUUACAAAAUUGCACCCCUAGAGGCCUACCAGUAGUGCUCUGUCUUGUCAACUGUAGGUGAGGUUGAGGUUAGUGCUAUUUAUUCCAGCAAAAGUUAUGAAUCUAAGAAAAAUGAGCAGUAGCCACAACAGCUCGUUUUUUUCUCAUUCUCGGUAAAUAGGUGUAUUGACAAUAAUAGAGAUAAAAUCAAGACACUUGACAGUUAAAUAGGUUCCUCAAAUUUUAGGUAAUUAAAAAAAAAACUUUUUGACUGCCGUUAAAAAGUUUCUAUACCACAGUAACGACACAAGAGUAGGUAGUGAUAAAUAUUCAUUACUUUAAAGUGGGCCUUACAUCUAAUCUCAGUUACUUGGAAACAAAACUUAUAUAAAUAUUUUGUCCAAGAACAGAUCACUCUGAAAAUGCAUCUAAGGUCACAAGUUGCUUAAGUAAAAUGGAUGAAUUAGUUUAUGUUUUGAUUAUAAAUAAGUAUAAUGUUAAAAAUUAUAAAAAUUAUUGUUUUGUACUAUUGUCAAUGCCUUUAGAUUUAUAUUUAUCUUCAAAGAAGAAUAUUCAGGUCAUUUACCCACAAAAAACCUUUGUUGUGGUUGGUUGUGAACAGAUUUUAUUUUUUUCACCUGUAUCCAUUGUCCAUUCACAAGUGUUCAAAAUGUAUGAGUCAAUAAUGCUGUUGCUCACAAUGUUUCAAGCUUAAUUGUUGGAUAAUAAAAUGUUAACCAUAGA